AUGUACUUCGCUUGUAGUAAAUCAACGAGUAGCGAAAAAGCGGAUCGAGUGCGAAGGGCCGUGUCCAACUCCAUCAUCCAAACCGUCCUUUUGUACCAAUCACACGAGCGUGAGCGUACGGUAGCGUGCGUGUGGCAGUGCGAGCGAGCGGCGGCUCACAAGUCGCGCUCGGCGGGCAAGGCGGCGCGGCUGCUCGGCGCCGACGCCACGCGGCUGCAGGAGCACACGCACCACGCACACAUCGUGGAGCUUUGCGUGGAGACGAUGGGGGAGGUGGUCUCCCUCCUCUCCCGGGACGACGUGGGUCCCGUAGAGGCGGACAGGGGGGAGUUUGCGAGGCGUCUGCUGCCCACGGUGCUGAAGACCGCCGCCACGAUGCUAAGCGACAGGGUGAUGACGAAGGACGGCUCUGGCGUAGCUGACGACCCCUUAGUGAGAAGGAUAGUGUGCGUGUUACUGGAUAUGGUGAGACAGAUGUCCGAAGAGCAAUACUCGUUGCUGGUGAAGGCGUUGGAGCACGAGAGCGCUGGCGGCUCCGGAUCCCUCAUCUCCGACGCGCUGGCGCUGAUGCUGGAACUGCUGCAGAGGCCCGUGUUCAGACCCCACUGGGCGGACAUGCUGCAUCUGCAGCAUUACGUCAUGCUGCACGCCUUAAGGCUGCUGUCCAUCACGCUGCGCGAGCGCCUCCGCGCCUCCGAGGGGGAGGGCGAGUGCGACGGGGAGGCGGCGGAGGGCGAGGCGGGGGCGGGGGCGGGGGCGGGGGCGGUUCAUCUGCGAAGCGCGCUGCGCGACUGGUUCGCGGUGUGCGCCGCACUGGCCACGGCGGCGCCGCUGCAGCUGCACGCGCUGGCGCCGCUGCGCAGGCGACGCGCCGUCUCGCUCUACGGCGACCUGCGCAGGGACGUCGCGGCCGCGAUGGCCGACAUGUGGUACGCGCUCGGCGAGCACAAGCGCUCGUUUAUCCCGUUCCUCGUCGGCCCCUUCCUGGAGGUGAGCUUCCUCCCUGACGAUGAAGUGAGGAACACCACCAUACCGCUCUUCUUCGACAUGAUGCUCGCCGAGUACGAGCACAACGUGGCCAGCGGCGAGAACAGCGACAACCCGCUGCGCGCCCUCGAGAGCGAGCUGAUCGACAAGCUGGACGUGCUGGCGUCGCGCGGGCUGGGCGACGGCGCGGGCGGGGGAGGGGCGGGGCGCGGGGGCGGGGCGGGGCUCGCCCUGGUGGCGGCCGCCGCGCGCCAGCUGGACGCGCUGCUGCAGUACCGCGCGGCGGCGCUGCACCGCAUGCACCUCACCACGCGCGUGCUGCGCUUCUACGAGCAGAUCGAGCGGCCCCACAUGUACAUACGAUACGUGCACAAACUGGCGCAGAUGCACCGCGACGCCCAGCAGUGGGCCGAGGCGGGCCUCGCGCUGCGGCUGCACGCGAAGCUGCUCGAGUGGGGCGACUGCCCGCUGCCGCCCAGGCUGCGCCACCCCACCGACGACUGCCCGGAGCACGUGACCCACCGGGACCUGAAGGAGGCGCUGUACCUGGAGAUCGCGCAGCUGCUGAACCGCGGCCGCCAGUGGGAGCUGGCCGUGGAGGCCGUGAAGGAGCUGGUGGGCGUGUACGAGGCGGAGGCGCUGGGCUACGCGCCGCUGGCCGAGCUGCACGCGCAGCUGGCGCGCCUCUACGAGGCCAUGCUGCGCACGCCGCGCUCGCCGCCCGGCUACUUCCGCGUGCGCUACCUCGGCGCCGGCUUCCCCGAACACCUGCGCGUGCCGCACGGCUUUGUGUACCGCGGCAAUGAGUACGAGCAGCUGCAGGACUUCAAGGAGCGGCUGCUGGACGAGUGGCCCGACGCUGAGGUGCUCAACAAGCUGGACCCGCCCGGCGAGGAGAUCACCGAGUCGGAGGGGCAGUACCUCCAAAUCAACGCGGUGGAACCCGUCAUGGGCGACAAGCUGAAGCGUCUCUCCGGCAAACCGGUCGCCGAGCAGAUCCUGCAGUACUACAAGUACAACGACGUCGACAAGUUUGUCUUCUCGAGGCCCUUCCACAAACCGGAAGAGUCGCUGACUGGGUCGAACGAAGACGUGUCGAGCCAGAACGAGUUUGCGACGAGAUGGCUGGAGCGGACAGAGCUCGAGAUCAGCGACAAGUUGCCAGGGAUCCUGCGCUGGUUCCCUGUGGUGCGCGAGCGGACCUACUGGGUGUCGCCGCUGGAGGCGGCCGUUGAAGCUCUGCGGGAGACGAACCGCGCGCUCAAGGCGCUGGUGAGGGAGGCCAGGGCCAGCGAGGCGCCGCUGCACCAGCUCACCAUGCGGCUCAACGGCAUCCUGGACCCGGCGGUGCAGGGCGGCGUGGUGAACUACGAGCGCGCCUUCCUCACGGCCAGCUACGAGGCGCGUAGGCCCGAGCACGCCUCGCUGCUGGCCCAGCUGAGGGACCUCAUCGCCGACCAGGUGCCGCUGCUCAAGAUGGGGCUGGAGGUGCACCGCGCUCGGCUCUCGCCCGAGAUGCAAGCGCUGCACGAGCACAUGGAGGCGUGCUUCGCGCGCGUGCAGCGCCACGUGCACCAGCGCUACGGACGCAGGAACUGCGAAUUCGACACGGAGCCAGUGGAGAGAAGGAGGACGCUACGGGACAGCAUACAGACGGACCCCGGAACUCUGACCAACAACCGGAUAUCGGACAUUUCCACCGGGAACGAUACCGCGUCCAAGUCGAAAUUCUUCAGUUUCAACAGCGCCAUCAACCCGUUGACGAGAAACAGCAGCGGCGGCGUCGUCAGCUACUUCGGCACCCUGCAAAGCUCGCCGAGAAGGCGCGAAAAGAGGAGAGCCAAAAAGGACGCGAGCGAGGCGACCCCGGAGCGCAGUGGCAGCCAGUGGUAUGCGGGCACCCCGCCGCCCGCCCCCCCCCCCGCCCCCGCCCCCGCCCCCCCGCCCCCCGCCACCUCGCCCGCCUCCGGCCCCGACACCGCCUCGCCGCUGCGGGAGCUGCGCCAGGAGCUGGUGACGGAGCGGCCGCUGCGCGCGGAGGUGGAGAAGGAGAAGCGGCUCUCGCAGCGCGCCAGCCUGCUCAACUCCUCGGCGCCGCCCAGCAACAGGGACUCCCUGGGCACGACGGACUCGAACCAGGAGGAGGAGGAGCCGCCGCCGCUGCCGCAGAAGCAGGGCGGGCGCGGCGCAGACGCCGAGGCCGACCCGCCCCUUGCGGGCGCGCCCCGCCACAGCUACGACACCGUGUGGGCGCCGCGCGGCUCCUUCCUGUACGCGUCGCGCGCCCGCCCGCCCUCGCCGCCCUGCCCGCCCACGCCGCCCACGCCGCCCACGCCGCCGCCCAAGAAGCGCAACGCGCACACGGCCGCC